ACAGGAAGAGAUGAGCUUGUGCCGCCGCCCAAUAGACACCCUCGAAACAGAGCGCGAGCAGGAGCAGCAACCUCCUCCAAAUCAAGAGGCCGGAGUGCGAGCCUGUACCUGACCUCAAUUCGGCGUGGAUGCUUUAGCAACAAUCGGCAGACUGAGCCAGCGAGAGAGUGUGGGACAGAGACGGAUAUUUGGGAUACAGCUGUCGCGCGUCCCGACUCUCGGUCUUGCAAUGGGAUGCACGUUAAGUGCAGAGGAGCGCGCGGCUCUGGACCGAAGCAGAGCGAUCGAGAAAAACCUGAAGGAAGACGGCAUAAGCGCAUCCAGAGAUGUCAAAUUACUGCUGCUGGGCGGAGGGGAGUCGGGGAAGAGCACCAUCGUCAAACAGAUGAAGAUUAUCCAUGAAGAUGGUUUCUCUGGAGACGAUGUAAAGCAGUUUAAACCUGUGGUCUAUAGCAACACCAUUCAGAGUCUUGCCACCAUCUUGAAAGCAAUGGAAACUCUUGGUAUAGAGUAUGCAGACAAGGCCAGAACUGCAGAUGCUAAGAUGGUAUUUGAUGUGGUCAGUCGUAUGGAAGACACAGAGCCAUAUUCAACAGAACUGCUGACUGCCAUGAUCCAUCUGUGGGCUGAUGCUGGAACUCAAGCUUGCUUUAGCCGCUCACGAGAGUAUCAGCUCAACGACUCUGCCCAAUAUUACCUAGACUGUUUGCAGCGCAUUGGAUCUCCAGAUUACCUCCCCACUGAACAGGAUAUUCUUCGAACCCGAGUCAAAACCACUGGCAUCGUUGAGACCCAUUUUUCCUUCAAGAACCUUAACUUUAGGCUGUUUGAUGUGGGGGGACAGAGAUCAGAGAGGAAAAAAUGGAUUCACUGCUUUGAGGAUGUGACAGCCAUUAUCUUCUGUGUGGCAAUGAGUGGAUAUGACCAAAUGCUCCAUGAAGACGAAACCACGAACCGUAUGCAUGAGUCUCUGAUGCUCUUUGACUCUAUAUGUAACAAUAAGUUCUUUGUUGACACGUCCAUCAUCCUUUUCCUUAAUAAGAAGGACCUUUUUGGAGAAAAGAUUGUGAAAUCUCCACUGAAUAUCUGCUUCCCAGAAUACACAGGCCCAAAUACAUUCGAAGCGGCGGCUGCAUAUAUACAGACUCAGUUUGAAAGUAAGAAUCGCUCCCCUAACAAAGAGAUCUACUGUCAUCUGACCUGCGCUACAGACACAGGAAACAUCCAAGUGGUCUUUGAUGCUGUCACUGACAUCAUCAUCGCCAAUAACCUGCGUGGUUGUGGUCUCUACUGAGCUCUGACUCCAACAAAUGCUAACAAGUGACUGAACUGACACCCCCGUGACUUUAGCCAAGGCACUUCCCUUUUUCAUUUCACUCUGUCAGUUUUAUGUUCAGAAUAUUUAGCCCUUAUUUUCCUUUGUAGUUUGUCAGUACAUUUUGCUGGAGUAAAUAACGUAUGGGUGUGCAUGUAUAGUGUAAAGAUGAGCAUUUGGCCGGGCAUAGAUGCUUUAAGCAUGAGUGCAUGUGUGUGAGUGUAAGUCACAACGAGUGAGAGUGUUUGUCAGGUGAUAACUCACUGAGGUUCUCUGCUGUGUAAGAGACUUCCAAGUGCUGGCAUGAUCCUAAUCUAAAAUUAUCUUGAAAACCCGAGAAGGAUCACUGACUCUUGCAGGCUUAAAAUCAAAAAAUAUUGAAGGACUGUGAGCAAGAUAUAUGAUGAAUCAUUUAGAAGAGCUGAUUGUCAUUUCAGAAACUAAAUGUUGUCCAGGGGCAGCUCUUAAAGCAAAAGUUGUUGGCGACCUGGCAUCGCCCCCCUCUUUGGGACUCUGCUCAUGCACUGGCUUCUGGCUGUGACAUAAAAUGCCUUUCAGCGAAUGAAGCCUCUUACAAAGUGUGAUGUUGACAACAUUCUCACUCAACAUGAGCACAAAUAGUUCUAAAUCUUUUCAGUUGUUUUUUUUUUGUAUAAAUGACUCUGUAGUUUAUUUAUUUAUAUAACUAUAAGUGCAUGUAUUUACAUAUUUUGUAUGGCCCCACACUUUGUGCACCCUAUCAGUGACGGGCAAUAAAUAAAAACGAACUAGCUUACAGACUUUAGAUGAAGAAAAGCAUAAAUAUUAAGACAGUAAUUCAGAUUCAUAUAUAACUGAAUUACUGAACAUAUGAACUAUUGCUUCUUUUUAACUCACUCUCUUUAACUGAUGACAUAAUGACGUGUGAGAGUGUGUACAGAUGCGUGUUUGAUGCAUGCACAUUCUUUAUUCAACCAUGACCCAUUACUUAACUCAGAUUUCUUUUCCUCUUUUUCUGCUGUGGAUGGAUUUUUUUUUGUUUGGUGCACUGAAUGUCCUCUUUCCUCCCUUGGGGUAAUAAUGCACUGUAACUGCUGGGUUUAGUCUUCUGACCGACCAAUGAUAUGUUUACAUUAAAAAAAGAAAACACUUUAGCACCAA